AUGGGCAAGAGAAAAGCGGAAAGUGAGCCUGCUGGCUCACAAAGCUCAGCCAAAAAGGCGAAGGCACCUAGCCAGAAGCAGAAAUCGAUCCAGCCGACCUUCAAGAAGGUCAGCGGCCCUGUCAAGAUCCAAAUCGUGGCCGGUUCUUAUGACCGAGUUUUGCAUGGCAUUAUCGCAACGGUCAGGCCGCCUCUGCUUGACGAAGAGGAGCCGAAGCAGGACUCGAAGUCCAAGCCCAAGAAGUCAGAAGACCGCAUACAGCCAAAACACGAGGUCGAGUUCGCCGACACAUUCCUCUUCAACGCACACAAUUCAGCAAUCCGCUGCCUGGCCCUUUCGCCACCGUCUAAUCCGGCGCCUGGGCAGACCCAGAAGGUUCUGCUCGCCACUGGUAGCACCGACGAGCGCAUCAAUAUCUACAACUUGUCAGCGCACCCACCAUCUACGAGCGCGACCGAGCACCCCGACGCUAAGCUGCUCUCGUCUCUUGCGCCGCGACCGAUCCUCGAGAACCCCAAGAACCGCGAGCUCGGCACACUGCUGCACCACUCUUCAAACAUCACACGGCUCGUCUUUCCCAACCGUUCGAAGCUGCUGUCUGCGUCGGAGGACUCGACCAUCGCGGUCACGCGCGUGCGCGACUGGACACCACUACAUACGUUCAAGUGCCCUAUUCCGAAGCCACAGGGCCGGCCAUACGGCGACACAGCUGCGCGUGGUACCGUGCCGAGCGGGGUGAAUGAUUUUGCGGUACACCCGAGUAAUAAGAUCAUGAUUAGCGUCAGCAAGGGGGAGAGAUGCAUGCGGUUGUGGAAUUUGGAGACGGGUAAAAAGAGCAGGGUGCUGAACUUUGAGAAAGAGGCAUUGAUUGAGAUUGGAGAGGGCGGGAAGUGGUCGACCGGUGAGGCCAGGCGCAUUGUCUGGGGCAGCUCGACCGGUGGGGAGGAUGAAUUUGCCGUCGGCUUUGAUCGCGACGUGCUGGUAUAUGGGAUGGACUGCCGCAUCCGAUGCCGCGUGAUGCCCUCACCGGCGGGCAGCUGGAGGGCGCCCAAGGUGCAAGAGUUCAAGUAUGUCACGGUGGAUGAGGAAAGGGAGGAGACAGUACUGGUUGUCGCUGCCGAAGAUGGGCGUAUCCUAUUCUGCUCGACGGCACAGGACAGGCUGGAGAAGCCUGCGGACGGAAAGAAUCUGCCCGUGGCCAAGCUGGCCGCUCAGAUGGGUGGAAAGGACGUCGGGGUUGUUGGAAGGAUUAAAGACUUCGUUAUCCUCCCUGUAGAGGAUGAGAAGACGGAGGAGAAGGUUUUCUUCAUCGUCACUGGGAGUAGCGAUGGGAAGGUGCGGUUUUGGCGGGUGGCUGUUAAGGAGAUCCUGGAGGGCAUUGAAGACGAUAAGAAGGGCAAGCAGGUCGGCACACUGCUCGGCACAUAUGAAACGCAAAAUCGGAUUACGUGCAUGGGCGCUUUCAUCUUCCUACCACGGCCGGCAGGCGUUGAGGAGAGUGAAUAUGAGUUUGGCAGCGAGGAAAGCGAGGACGAGGAGAGUGAUGAUGAAUAA